UGCUAUUGGACAAGAAAUUUUUCAAAUGCUUUCACUAGUUUUGCUAUAAAAGAUUGUCGAGCUACCGUUUAAGCGACAGUCAUAUUCGUGCUUUCGUUCAGUAAUCACUGUCAUUUUAAUACCAAAAUGGAAAAAGAAGAUACAUGGACUCUAAGUACGAAAAGACGGCAACGGUCUUCGCAGCAACAGAGACAACAUCAGCAACAACAAAGCUGGCAGCAAAAUUCACAACAGAGGGGGCAACGACAAAACUCGCAGCAAAUUUCAGAAUCGGAAUUACGUCUUGAGAAUGUCAAUCGACAGCAACAACAAAGCUCGCAGCAGCAGCCGCAGCAACAGCCACGGAUGCAGCAGAGACCGGAACAGAAAUCUAAACCACGAACAUGGGGACCUUCACGUAUGCAACAACCUGCACCACCCCAACAACCACAAGCACAAGUAUCUCAGACACGAGCGUGGUCUACUGUAGCUGCACAGAAAAUUCCAACACCACAGCAGGUGUCGAAUCCACGUAUACAAAGACGUGCACCACCCCAACAAUCACAAGCACAAGUAUCUCAGACACGAAGGUCUGCUGAAGCUACAUCGCAAUUUUCAACACCACAGCCGAUGUCGAAUCCACAUACGCAACAACUUACUUCACAACAAUCUCUACCACCACAAGUAGUCCAGCCACAAGCAUGCCACAUUUCACGUGGGCAACUCUCACCAGAACAAAGAUCUCAACAACAGACACACAUGCAAUCGACAUGGGGUCGAUCUCCAGAACCGCAUACUACACAGCAAGUAUAUCAACAAGGGAGGAUGCCACUUUCACCACAGCAAACACUUCAGCAUCAAACGUGGGAUGUACCCCCACAGCAAUCUACAUCACAGGCAAUGCAGCAGCAACCAGCGUCGGUUUCAUAUCCGUCAACGUCGACUCAGCAAGUUUUAGGCGUUGGUAAUACAGAAGUAUUCAAAAUACCGACAAGACGAGAUCCUUACAAAGCUGGAACUGCAGGGACGCCAAUCCGUGUUAAAACAAAUAUGUUUGAAAUCAUAUUUAGAAAAGAUUUUGUAACCACAGCCAUGCAUUAUGACAUCAAGAUUGUUCCAAUUGACAAUGCAAAAUCUAAGAAAGAUGAUUCCAAACCAAAACGUGAAAUAAAAAAUAAAACUAUAUUAAGGCAAAUUUUUGAAAAAUGGCGAAUUGAAAAUUAUCCGAAUAGAUUUCCAGCAUAUGAUGGAAGGGCAAAUAUAUAUGCUGCACGUGACUUUCCAUUCACAGUGGUUUGGUGAAGUUAAUAUUCAUGACGACGAACGAAACGAAAACAGGAGCUUUGAAAUUAUUAUAAAAAAAAUAGGUAUUGUUGAUCUUUCGUGGCUUAGAACAAUAAAACCUAGCCUUCAGGAACGAACCACGUCUCAAACUUCUAUUCA